GAGAAAAAAGCUGUCAAACGAUUUCAAGUAAUGAAUGAAAUUGUUUAUGAAAAAAUAAUGGAACAUGCAGGGCGCAAUCAAAUUUUAGUUUUUGUGCACUCAAGAAAGGAAACAGGCAAGACUGCUAGAGCUAUAAGAGAUAUGUGUUUAGAAAAAGAUACACUUGGCAAUUUUCUACGCGAAGGUUCUGCUUCAAUGGAAGUAUUACGUACAGAAGCUGAACAAGUUAAAAAUAGUGAAUUGAGGGACUUAUUGCCUUAUGGAUUUGCCAUUCAUCAUGCAGGAAUGACUCGAGUUGACAGAACACUAGUUGAAGACCUUUUUGCUGAUCGUCACAUUCAAGUUCUUAUUUCUACUGCAACAUUAGCUUGGGGUGUAAAUUUACCAGCACACACUGUCAUUAUAAAAGGAACUCAAGUUUAUAGUCCUGAAAAAGGACGUUGGGUUGAACUUGGUGCAUUAGAUGUUCUACAAGUAAUUUUCAUACAGAAUUUUAAAUUUCACCUUACAUUACUGAAUAAAUAUGGAAGAAAUAGUUAUGUUGUUUAAAAUUGGCUACUUCCU